AUGUCUCUGGAUCUCCCAUCUCCCCCCACCCGCGUGGACCUCGCCUCCCAUGCCUGCGACACCUGUCGCCAGCGCAAGGUGAAAUGCAAGGCCCCCCGUGUCCCCGCCGGCGUCUCCCCGCCCAAGUGUGGAAGAUGCGACCGCUUGAACCUGCCAUGCACCUUCCUGUCUCCCUCCCGGACGCGAGGCCCCAAGAGACGGACGCGUGGAGCUGAACCGGCUGCAUCUCCCGGCGCGACAACUACCAUCACCACCAACAAACACCCCACGGACGAACUGUGGGAUCGGUCCCUGUUCGGUGUCAUCAUGCAGGACUACUUGGACUAUAUCUACCCCCUGGUUCCCAUUGUGCACCGUCCCUCCUUCCGACAGGCGCUGCGGGAAAACCGCGACCGAGACGAUCAGGGAUUCCGCGCCCUGGUCAUCGCCAUUGCGGCCGUCGUCGUCGCGACCAUGCCCACCCGAUUCCAGGUCUAUCAGUCCUACAACCCCCCCCUCCAGUUUGCCUCGCGCCGGGAGAUGGCGCGGUGCUGUUACGAUCGGAUCAUGGGGUUGAGGGACUCCACCUACUUCGACCAGAUCAGCUUCCAGAAAUUCGCCAUCUCCUAUCUGCUCUACGCCACUUUCCGUCAGCUGGGCGACCACAACACCUCUCGCAUGCUGGACGUCGAGGCCACGCAGAUCGCACGACUGUUGAACCUCCACCGCAUCUCGGAAUACGAAGGCCUCAACUGCAUCGAGACCCAGCUGCGGAAGAAGGGCUUUUGGCUGAUCUUGUACGGAUUUGUCCACAAUCAACUGCAGAACGUGCUAGGGGAGCGGUUGUCGUACCUGGACCCGAUCCUCCUGCACUCCAUCAACCCGGAAGAUCUGAUGCCUCUGGAAGUGGACGACGAGAUGAUCUUUGAGAAUGAGGUGGUGAUGUCACCUUCCCCGACCCCCUGCCUCGCCACCGGUUUCAUCCUCCACUCCCGCGUGUUCUGGGCCGCCCUCCGCAGCCCCUGUGUCGAGACUCCUGUAGAGCCAUGUCCUUGUGUCCGAGCCCGUGACCCCGCCAUUCAGGUGGCAUAUCUUCAAGAUCGUUUGCAGAGUCUGCGAUAUCUCCUAGAGCACAUCCCACAACCACUGCGACCGUGGCGGCCCACAGACGAGACCCUCGACGAUGCUACAGGAGAUGGCACAAUGACACAGGAACUGCGAUCGCACUUUGCUUCCAUGCGCGCAAACCUGCAUGUCACCCAUCUGUGGCUACAAAGUCUUCUCAUUGAUCAGCUGGAGGCAGCUCAGUCGCACCUUCAAGGGCUAUCGGUGGUUGCAGAUUCUUACCCACAGACUACGACAGAUUCAAAGGCAUUGUGGCUGGUGAGGGAAAAGCUGUGCCGCCAGCUUCUCUUCGUGCUGUACAGCCUUCCCCUCGUCAACUUGGAAGCUAACGGUCUACACCUCGCAUGCAAAGUGCGCGACAUCGCGGCCAGCCUUCUCGCGUGCCCGUUUCACCCAGACGACCCGGAAGCGCAGCGGGCUGCUGAAUAUCUCCAACAAUCGACCGACAUCUUGUCCCGUCUGGACAGCAGCGAAAGCAUGAGCACCAUGCAUUUGCAGACAUGGGUGGAUACGGAUCGGAUGAAGAAGUGACAUAAUUCAUUAUGUUUGUACCAUUAAUGCAGCAGUGCGAGUGAGCAAAGCAUGCUGUUUAAAGGCCGGACCAGAAAGUGGUCUCACUUAACUCUACGGAACCCUCCAAGAAUGUUCCUCGACUGCUAGUUCCCAACAUAAUCUGAUAGGUGCCACUGUGGCUGCACCAACUGCUGCUUUUCUCAUCCCAGAAACUGGUGGCGCGCACCAGGUCCAGUGGGACGGUCACGACCUCUUCGGCCGCAGUCUCCAGCCAAACCUUUCGGAACUCCUUCAACUCCUUCAGCGGCCGCUUGAUCGGUGGUGAUACGGGCGCC